UAAUCUCACGGCCUAUAUCUCUCCCUUUCGUUACAACCAUCACACACCACCGUCACUCUAACACGGCACCACCACGAACUCCACGCGCUCCAUCACACUCACUGAGUCAUCAGUUAGCCAGUUUCCCUGAUCCCAACAGCAUCAGAAAACCAACCAGAGACCCCAAAACAGUUCCCAAACCCUAUAAAACACAGUUUUUUAUUUUAAUUCAAACAUUGCACGUUGAAGAAGCCAAUUCCAAAGGGAGAGAAUCUUUCACUAGAGGACUCCUGAAAUGGCGUCCUCUAAAAUCAUGAAAUCUUCUAAUUCGCGGAAUUCGGAUCUCUCCAAACGUCCUUCUUCUAUAAAACUGCAGACUCAACAACAACAAUCACCACAGCAGCAAACGCCCUCUUCAGCAAUGACGGUGGACGGAAUUCUCCGCGACGUUUAUAACUCGACGGCAAUGUCGUCGACGACGACGGAUGCCACUCUGCUCGACGCGCAGAUCACGUUGAUCGACACGGACGAUCAUACUAUUGGUAGUAAUAAUGGGACUAAUAAUCAGAGUGGUGAGCAGAACGGUGUCGUUUCAAUGAGUUUGGGGAAGAGUGUAGAUGACGUGUGGAGAGAGAUCGUUUCGGGGGAGAAGAAGGAGAUGAAGGAGGAGGCGCCGGAGGAGAUGAUGACGUUGGAGGAUUUUUUGGUGAAGACCGGGGCUGUCGAUGACGUGGAGAAGGAAAGUGGAGCUGACGUCGAUGUGAAGUUGCCGAUUACGGAGCGUUUGAGUGGCGGGGUCUAUGCUUUUGAUCUGGCCCCGUCGCCGAGUCCCUUUCAAGUGGAGGGAGCGAUUGUGGGGUUCGGAAAUGGAGUGGAAGUGAUUGGUAGUGGUGGUGGAAUGAGUGGAGGAAGAGGGAAGAGAGGGAGAGUGAUGUUGGAGCCCUUGGAUAAGGCGGCGCAGCAGCGUCAGAGGAGGAUGAUCAAGAAUCGUGAGUCCGCUGCAAGGUCUAGGGAAAGGAAGCAGGCCUAUCAAGUGGAAUUGGAGUCAUUGGCGGUGAGGUUGGAGGAGGAGAAUGAGUGUCUGUUGAAAGAGAAGGCUGAGAGGACCAAGGAAAGGUAUAAGCAGCUCAUGGAAAAAGUGGUUCCAGUUGUUGAGAAGCAAAGACAACCUCGUAUUCUUCGGAGAGUUCGCACCAUGGAGUGGUAGGUCAUGUUUUGUUCGGUGUGUAAUGCAAAACAAAGACCUUUUGCUGACCUAGGUAUGAAGUAUGGCUCCAACUUCAUUUCAGUGAAAUAUCUUUAUUUUAAACGUACCAUUUCAACCAGAUGAUCGUAAGAGAGCAGUAGAACUGAUUAUUAUUAAUACAGGUGAAAAUAGAUUCUGUUUUCUGAGUCAUUGAGAAUUCCUUACCAUUAAAUGAGAGAGAGAGAGAGAUGCAUUGCACCUAGUGAGAUAAUGUAUAUGGAGUAAGUAGAUUUAUGUAGUUAGGGGUUGUUGCAAUGCAUAACUUGUCUCUUAAAAUUGCUGAUAUGUUUUGAGAAACAAAAGAUUCCAGAUUAGUAUGCUGUAUUUAUGUGUGGAUGAGUAAUGUCAACUCUUUAACACAGUAUAGAUUGGUGAGAUUUACUUUGUGAAUUUUCUGGAAAAUUUGUUCCUUUGUGACAAAUUUAUGCCAAUUCUGGGAAAUCUCAUGUAAUAUUUUCUGACAUGUGAAUAAAGCUUUGGGACUUGAGAAAACCCAAUUUCUAUCAA